AUGUCUUGGUACAAAUAAUUGGGUAAUUCUGUUAAAGAAUUACGAUUUGUGUUUUGCUAAUCUUGUGGUAGAUCGGAAGGAGUUAGGAAUCUCGUCACAAAAAAUUAUUGGCAAUGGAAAGAGACAAAUCCAAAAUUUCCAUUUGUUGUGAGAGAGUGUGAAUCAAUCGAUCCAUAUAUACUUGUCAGAUACAAGUAUGGAGUUGAAAAGAAGGCUUUGAUUGGAAACCUAAAUGAAGCAGAAUUAGAAUAAGUCUUAGGAUAACUUGUUGCUUAAUCUAAUAAAGUUAAUUCAACUAUUUGA